UUCCCCUCUUGGCUGUGAGGUACGCAAUACCCAAGUCUUCACCAGAACGCAUAGAAAAAAAAAAACACCACCCACAACUAGUCGUGUUUUCUGUUCGCUGAAGGAGCCCGGUCUGUGUUACAAUGGCUGUGUCGGGCAGGAGCCCAUUACUCGUGGUAAUUCCACUGUGGAUGUGUUUUGGGAGCGCUGCGGCUCUUGCAGAACCUGAGAUCUGUUAUGUGCUGGAUGGUAUUCUGUUUUUGUACGGCAUCAUCCUGACAGCUCUCUACUGCAGAAUCAAGAUCUGCAAUGCAAAAGAGGCUGAAGGUGGGAAAGGAAAGCCAAAGCAGAAUGUUGAAGAGGGCAUCUAUAUGGGUCUGACCCCUCAUGCCCAGGACACAUAUGAAACCAUCGGCAUGAAGAAGUGAUGUGAUGAGUCAAAAAUCCAGGACAGCAAUUUCCUAGCUAAUUCCCUGUUUUAUAUUUCUUUUUAUUCUAUUUGAUUUUUUUUUCAUGUAUUUAAAUAUUGCCUUUUAUACUCUUUAUACUUUAUACUAUGCAUAUACUUGGAGAGAAUGUAAGAUUGUGUGUAGCAGUGUUCAUUUCCCGUUUGCUUUGGUAGAAUCUGUGGAAAGUUAAGAAAGACGAGACAGAAACAGGGAAGUUGAGCCCAGGUCAGUUCUUUCUCAGAAAUACUCACCCUUGUUGUGUAAGAUAUUUUUUUCAUUUAACUGCUCUGUCAUAUUUAAUUUUUGAACGUAUAUUUUUGUAUGUGUGAAUAAGAAAGACAAGAAUCCACCCUGCCUUUAUUAUCUACCUUUAGGUUUUAUCUCUUGCAGGGAAUUGAAAUCAUCCUUAGUGCUUUACAGCACAGAACAGAAAGAUGUUACUUUUCCUUCAGAGAUGUCUCUAAAAGUAUAGUUUUGGGAAAGAUUACAGAUUAUAGAUGCAGGUAAGGAAGUGAGCUGUAUUUCCUCUACACCACAGGAUGGCAGUGAUGGUGUCUUUGGUGUGGUCCUUACUUGUCCACAUUCACAACACACACACACACGCACACACACGCACACACACACACACACACACACACACACACACACACACACACACACACACACACACACGCACACACACACACACACACAUAGAAAUGAAAGAAAUCACACAGACUGCUGUAAAAGCUAUUUAGUAUGUGAAUCCCUGCCUGUAUGAAGCUUAGAGUUGUUAUUUUUAUACAUCUAUGAAGUUUUCUAUGUGCUUAUGUGGCAAACCUUAACAGCCAUAAACAACCACAUAAAUGAUUAAAAGUAAUAGUUUUCUGGUAGUGGUUUGACUACAAUGAAGCUAAUAAAGAUUUAUUGUAUGUCAGUCUGAAAAGAUUUUGUCUGUGUCUUUAACAUGUAACCAAUAAAGAUGAAAAGAACUGCAACUGUGUGAUGAUGUGAGGAAAAGAAAUGAAGCAAAAACCAACAGUGUGAUGUGCAACUGAUUUAUGAGUUGGCUAAAGAUGAUAUAAUUAAAUCUGGAAUAAACCAUUAAAGUUCCCAUACUUUA